UAACCUGUAUCCUCUAUCUGGGUUUGGAAUUUUGGGAAUGAGUUACUGUUGUUAUUAGUUUUAAAAUGUUUUUGUGAGCUUAUUUGUUUAACAUUUUUGUUUCUUGUUCAAAGUAAUCAAGUAUAAUGUUCUCAAAAGUAAUAUUUAUUAACUUAGUGCUCAUUUCACUUUUCUGCUCUGCAUUUUGUUUGUAUGAAGACCAAAUCGGCAAAUUCGAUUGGAAGAUAAACCAGUUAGGCAAACUGAAAUUUUCUAACUUUGAGUCUAAACCACCCAGCAAAAAAGUAUUUGUUGCUACAGAAGAAAAUGUGAUUGCAGCAUUGUCAACAAAAACAGGUGAGAUUGUAUGGCGGCAGAUCCUAGAGAGGGAUGACAACGGCAAAGUGCAACUGCUGCAUGUUGAUGGGGAAAUGGUGACGGUCACUGGAUCUGGGCCAUUUACAGUCCGUGGCUGGAACGCCAACUCCGGCAGUCUGUUGUAUGAAUGGAGCAUCACUACAGCUAGCGGUCCUUCAAUAAGGUGGUCCAUUUAUCGAGGGAAGCUGUACUUGGUGAACAUUGUUGAUUCGCAAGUGGAAGUCUCUGCAUACAACCUUCGUACUGGUGGAGAACCCAACAGCUACACAAUACCUCUAACAGACUUCCCCAAGGACCAGUCCAAGGUGGCACUGGCUGGUGUGAACCUAGUUUACAUCAGCACACAGAAGGCUAACACAGUGCAGGCAGUACACUUGACAGAACAGAAAAACAACAUAGUGUCAGUAACAGUACCAGGACCAGCUGACUCUCUGUCUUCAGUUACUUCCCAGGCAGAUCUGUUCUAUGUGAGAGUCACAAGUCAAGGUGUCGGCACAUCACAUCUUAUAUCCAUCCAGAAAGAGGCGCCUAACAGAUUACCCUCGAUUAACCUUGUUAAAGAGGGUGUCGACUCCCAUCUCAGGGCUGUCUACCAGAGCUCCCCUGAACAAAGUUUGAUAAUAAAACUCCAAUCCAUAAAGGGAGAACUCGCAGUGUCCACUCAUGAUGACACAGGAGCGCUUGUACCAGAGUUGAGUUCUGAGACAGUGCCACUGACAGCAGAUGCUCCGUCACAUGUUGAGAUCAGCUGUUUGUCUUGUCUCACCAGGAGAGACAAGACUGUCUCUUGUCAUAUAUUAGUGUCUGGUGGUGACCACUCCAUGCACAUGCUGCAACUACCAGGUGGAGCUCUUUGGUCAAGGGAGGAAGCUCUUGCUUCUAUACUCAGUAUCGAGCUAGUGGAUUUGCCAGUGUCAGAUGGAGAAGCUGCCAUUGAAAAAGAAUUCAACAUCACUGAAGUUCGAGAAGAGUCUGUGGUGUCUGGACCGUUGGGGAUGUUCACUCGUCGUAUCUCUAGUCAGUUGUCUCAGCUCCAGGGCUUAGUCAUGACUGUGCUGGGGCUCAAAGAGCAAUCAUCUGGCAACGGGCGCGCUGACUUGGUCAGGGAUGACUUUGGCCUUCACAAGAUUAUUGUGGCCGUCACUUCCAUUGGAAAGGUUUUUGGAAUCGACAACUUAAGUCAUGAAAUCAUCUGGCAGUUUACAAUUGAUGAUGUAGUUCCUUUUGACAACCUUGGGAAGGAAGUUGUACCCCUGUUUCUGCAGCGUUCAGCUCGUCAUUCUAGCGGCACACACCCUGCGUUGUGUACAGUGCUGUACAAACACAAGCAAACUCAGGAGGUUGUCAAACAUUCAUUUAAUCCUAUCACCGGAAAACCUAUAUUUGCAGCCACACCUGAGAAGCUAGGCUACAAGCUGGCACAGGCGUUGCUGCUGCCUAAUGUGAAUCAAGAGUUCCUCAAACCUCUAUUACUGAUGGACUCGGCUGGUGUAGUACACCUCUACCCAGCACUCUCCCAGGCGGCGGCCGGCGCUGUGGCACGGUCAACCUACCUGUAUACAGCCGACACCAACACUGGUCACCUGGUUGGCUACAGCUUACACAUUGACACAGCUGAUCAGGGUCCUGUGAAGAAGAUGAAAGCCGUCCCUCUGUGGGAGAUCAGGUUGGCUGCUCAGAUAACUGCCAUCGCAGGCAAGAACCCCCAAGAGAAGGUACAUUCCCAGGGCAGAGUGCUUGGUGACCGUAGUGUGCUCUACAAGUACAUCAACCCCAACCUGGUGGCUGUGCUCACACAGAUAGAAGACCCUCUGUUCAAAAAUGUGCUGAGUGUGUACCUGAUUGACGUGGUGAGUGGAUCUGUGGUGUUCUCCGUGGUACACAAGCGUGCCCUAGAACCCAUCCAUGUAGUACACUCAGAGAACUGGGUCAUAUACAGCUACUUCAGCGACAAGAGCAGACGUACUGAGGUCAAUGCUUUUGAUCUCUAUGAGGGAAAGAUUCAGAGCAACACUACAGCGUUUUCAUCUGUGUUAAACCCAAUUCAGCCAAUGGUCGAGCGUCAGUCUUACAUCCUACCGGCCUCCAUUGAAUCAAUGAAGGAGACAAUAACAGAAAAAGGCAUCACCAGCAAACACAUACUAAUGGCCCUCAACAGUGGAGGAGUGCUGGAGCUUCCGUGGAUGUUGCUAGACCCUCGUCGACCACUAGCCUCCACCCCAGAUCUCCGAGAGGAAGGUGUGAUCCCCUACAUGCCUGAGCUGCCCACCCUGCCCGAGGCUAUAAUCAACUAUAACCAGACGUUGUUGAGAGUGCGUGGCAUCCACACGUCACCCUCUGGGCUGGAGUCCACAUGUCUAGUCUUUGUUUAUGGUCUCGAUAUGUUCUACACAAGAGUAGCUCCUUCAAAGACAUUUGACAUGCUGAAGGAGGAUUUUGACUAUAUCUUGAUCACAGCUGUGCUGGUUGGCCUCACUGUCUCUGCCUUCAUGACCAAGAGAUUAGCAGCGAGAAAAGCACUCAAGCAGGCGUGGAAAUAGCUGAGACAUUCCACAGGUUAUACGGUCUUCAUUAAAUUCUUGUAUGCAUUUCAUCCAUUAUUUAUUCAUUGUAAAAUCCACUAUUGGGAGAUUUUCAACACCUAACAUUUAAAUCAUUGCUGAAUUACUUGAAGUAUAACGUUGUUACCAGAUUGGUGUCUCUGUGAUUUACCAGAUUUGUGUCCACUGAUUGAUUUUUUUACACCUAUUUCAGCUGAUUGAAUAUCACAAGUUUAUUGUUUAUCAUGAAUAUCAUCAUUAAAUAUAAUGUAAAGAUUGUAGUGAGAAAAAUAAAUGUUUGUUACUAAGAA